UGACGCCCCUUGCCUAGGUGGAAGAUUGGUGUGGCCGGUACUUGCCUUCGUCUUGGGGUACCUAGCACGUACGUUCUCUUCCUGGUUUCUUGUAGAUAUUAACGCUGAGUUUGUAUUUCUAUGCCUACGGAGAAAUGCUAUCUGAGUUUAAGAUCUGAGUUUGACGUGGCUAUAGAUAUUCCGAGUUGGCUUGCUGACGGGUACAGAGUAGGGUCUUAAAAGGGAGCGAAGAGCAGAGGCAGUAGCCUCGAGGAAUGGGGGCUCUCGCAGCACAGUCUUCACUCGCAGCAAGCGUUCAGAGUUUUCGCUACCAAUUCAGUCAGGAUAGACGAAUUCCCCAUGAUUCAGCGUCUACGUUAGCGCCCUCCAGAGUGUCGUUGAGAAGGGUCGGUUUCGCUCGUAGAAGCACAGAUGGGACAACGGAACCGGGUACAGGUAGCAAUGCCAGGGUAGAAGAGGAACAGGAAAUCUCUCCCAAGGUCGCCAUCUCGAGCCCGUUUGCCGGUGGGAAGAUAUCGUCAAGGCUUGCAGCUGGAAAGGCGGUGCAGCAGCGAGAGAUUGCCAAAACAACACCAACCUCGAGCUCUUCCUCGUCGCCACCUUCGGUGCUCGACUCCUCGGAUUACAGCAAGCGAUUUCCUAGCCCACCCGCGUCACCUUUCUCCAUAAAAAAUGGAGGUUCCGUCUCCAGCGACAAGAAGGUCCCAGCUCCAACUUCGAGCUCCGUGGCCAAGCCAUCGACUACAAAAGCGUCGAAAGCUUUUCCAGCUCCAGCCAUUUCCAGCCCCUUCGACAAGAGUCCCCUGCAGACUCCCCCGCGAAAGAGGAGCACGGGAGACAUUGACGAGCGGAUCCUAGCGUCGAGGAAGGAGAUCUUGGACACGCUGUGGAAGGAGAGGCGGCAGCAGCCAAGGAUGGUGAACGCAGCACCGGCGGACAUCUUCGACGAUCCAAAGCCUUCCGAGUCUGACAAGGAGUACAAGUUUGAGCUCAUCAGGGGGACUCGUCCCAUCGUUCUCAUCAUCUCCUUCUCACUUAUUGCGGCUCUCAUGUUUGGGACUGCAUUUGUGGCGUGGAAGCUUGGAGCUUUCCACUACGAUGAACUUUAGCUCAAAGUAGAAAAGUUAAAGUCAAUGCAACUUAAAAAUUUACUACUUAGAAAUAUUUAGUUGUUUAAAUUAAAAUGAAUUUCACUUAUUUCAAAUGAAUAAAUUUCGUAUUUCAAGCCAA